AUGGGGCGGACCAUUGCUGAAACAGAAAAACAGGGUACCCGAGAAAGGGUCGUUGCCUCUUCAAGCACCGUAUCCAACGACAACAAUUUCUCUCGCCUUCGGAUCGAUGGAAAUGAAUACACUAGUCCACAAAGCCUCAAAAUGCUGUGCAGACCUAAUCUUCAAUUUCUUCAUUUGCAGGAUCUGCCUAUUGAAGGCAUGACAGAAGGUACGCUAGCGAGGCUUCCUCCAAGAUUGAUAUGGUUAAGGUUGACAAAUUGUGACAUUAAAAUAAAAAAGAAAAGAACAGUAACUAAGAUGUUUAGAGCAAUAGGGAAGUUUGUAGGCAACAUCGGGCAAUUGAAGAAACACAUUGGCGAAGAGUCAAAGCUGCAGAAUUUGGACUUGAGCUACUCUGAAAGAUUAAAAAAAAUUCCUGCUACGAUUUGGAGUCUGCCACAUCUGCAGCUCUUAAACUUGCAAUGCUGUAGGCAGUUAAGUAAACUCCCUAAAACAAUUGGCAACCUGUCAGAGCUGCAGGAGUUAAAUUUGGAAGGCUGUGUAAGUUUAAAUAAACUACCUGGCUCAAUUGGCAACCUAUCACAGCUGCAGGACUUAAACUUAGGAUGUUGUGGACAGUUGAAUGAACUCCCUGGUACAAUUGGCAAUCUUUCAAGGCUAAAGAGCUUUAAUUUGCAAUGGUGUUGCAACUUAAAUAAACUCUCUGAUACAAUUGGCAACCUGUCACAGCUGCAGUAUUUAAAUUUGGAAGGGUGUGAACGUUUAAGUGAACUCCCUUAUAUAAUUGGUAAUCUGUCACAGUUGCAGCUAUUAAAUUUGAAAAAAUGUGAGAUUUUAAUUUCAUUCCCUCGAACAAUUGAGAACCUGUCACAGCUGCAACACUUAAACUUGGAAGGGUGUUGCCAAUUAAAUGAACUCCCUUAUACCAUUGGCAACCUGGUACAGUUGCAACACUUAAACUUGGGAGGAUGCUGCAAAUUAAAUGAACUCCCUUAUAGCAUUGGCAACCUCUCACGGUUGCGACACUUAAGCUUGGAAGGAUGUAGCAAGUUAAAUGAACUCCCUUAUGACAUUGGCAACCUCUCACAGUUGCAAUACUUAAACUUGAAAGGGUGUUGGAGGUUGACAAGACUCGCAGAUACUAUUCGUGACCUGUCACAGCUACAGAAUUUAGAUCUCAUUACUUAA